AUGCUCGGAGGACUAAUUGCUCCAUUUAAACCUACUCUGCUCGUAGAAUUUAGUUUCAGAUCGGUGAUGGUGGAUCGAGAGGACGUGACGCCGCGAUUGCUCAUAUUGCUUGGAUUGUUCAGGCCCUACGACCACGGCAGAACUUCAUUGGUCACAUCGCUGGUCUUUAAUGGUCCUCAGCAUGGGAAUCUCUUCUAUUCUGGCGGAAAGAAUCCAUUCGAUCCUGUUCACGUUUCCAAGUUUUUACCCCUCAAUACCCACGUCCUCACUGCCUCUGACGAUCGGACUGUCAGAUAUUGGGACAUAUCGACUGAAGCUGUUAAUGGUAAGAUCACAUCGUGCAACUAUGGGACAUCCGUGAAAACAAGUGUAUUGACACUCGACCGUGGUUACACUGUCAAAUGUGUCUUGCCAUUCAAGAACGGAGGAAUGGUUGCAUUUGCUGGUGGCGACAAGAUCAAUACAUCGGGCGCGAUGGCUGGUGGCCGACCAGUACAAACAAUAUCAAGCUCUCAAAAAGCCGAAACGUGUCUAGCAUUCGAUGGAACAUCCACCAGACUCGUGUCUGGUCAUUUGGAUCAUCAUGUUAAGGUGUAUAAUCUGCAGGAUUACAAGGUCGUGAUUAGUAUCAAGUACCCCGCUCCUAUUCUUUGUGUUAGUUUUUUGGUAAACUCGCCUGGGUACCUCUCGUUUGGUCGUUGGAAGGAAAAACGGGAUGCUAUCCAUACGACAACAGCAUGUAGUCAAGACGCAAAGGACAAUGUCCAGACCCUUGAGAUAUAG